AUGUCUCAUCUGAUUAUUCAUCAAAGAUCACACACUGGGGAAAAACCAUACGAAUGUGAAAACUGUGGAAAGUGCUUUGCUAGGAAGUCCUCUUUGGUAAUUCAUGAGCGGAUCCACAGUGGGGAAAGGCCAUACAACUGCACACAUUGUGGAAAGAGUUUUACCAGUAGUGCAACCCUGUCCACGCACAUCCGCAUCCACACUGGAGAGAGACCAUACGUCUGUUGGGAAUGUGGGAAGAGUUUUACCAGUAACUCAUCCCUUUUCAUCCAUAACCGCACCCACACUGGGGAGAAGCCAUAUAUAUCUUUGGUCAUACACAAGAGGUCUCACACCGGAGAGAAGCCAUUUACCUGUGAGGAGUGUGGCAAGAGCUUUGCUGAUAACUCCCGACUGAAUGUCCACCAGAGAUCACAUACUGGAGAACGCCCAUAUGCUUGUACUAAGUGUGAUAAGAGGUUUGCCUACAACCGGGAUCUGGUGCGACACCAAACUACUCACACUGGAGAGAGGCCAUAUGCUUGUUCUGAGUGUGGAAAGAGGUUCACCCGCAAAUCCCAUCUUACCACUCACCUAAAGAUCCACUCAAGAGUAAAGCUAGUCAUAUCAUCGGAAUAG